AGGGGCGGCGGGUCCAUGGGGCGCAGGCGGCGGCGGGCGCGGACCGGGCGGGCGCUGGGGCUGGCGGGGGCCGCCGUGGGGCUGGCCGGGCUGGGGCUGGUGCUGGCGGCCUGGGCCUGGGCCCGGAGCCCCCCGAGGGAGCUGCCGGAGGAGAUGCCGGGCGCGCUGGAGCUGCUGGCGCCCGCGGUUGGACGCAGCCCCCAGGGCUGGUUCCAGCACCACCUGGACCAAGGGGAGACGCGGCGGGAGAGGAGAUCGGCGUCCAGGGGAAAGAAGCCUCGCCAGAAGCCUGUUGCUGCGCACUAUAAAGUGAAAUUGCCAAAGGACUCAGCUGGGAUCAACUCAGGGCCUAACGGGACCAUCCGGGGCUGGGAGGAGACGCUCAAUGCCACGAGACCCUUGAACUACAAUCCGGCCAGCGGGGAAUUCAGCGUCCUCCAGAAGGGCCUGUACUACCUGUACUGCCAGGUGCAUUUCAAUGAAGGGCGGACGGUGUACAUCAAGCUGGACGUGCUGGUGGACGGGGUGCUUGCCCUGCGGUGCUUGGAGCAGUUCCCCCCGACCAGCGCCGGCCCGCAGGACCCCGAGCUGCGUGUGUGCCAGGUGUCUGGGCUCCUGCUGCUCCAGAAACAAUCCGUCCUGCGUCUCCGCACCCUCCGCGACGUGCGGCUCAAGGCCGAGCCCUAUCUCACCUUCUUCGGGCUCUUCCAGGCCCACCUGGGAGCCCUGCGGGGGGAACUGACCCAGCUCCGGGGGGAGCUGGUGGCUGCCAGGAGGGGAGAGACUCAGCGCUCGGCGAGGAGGCGGAAACAACCCGCCCACCUGGGAAAACCCCACUUGGCGGAGAGGAAUGUACAGAGCGACCCAGUUACCGCCGGCUUAGGGGGUGAGGGGGGAGCCCGGACUCCUGGGUUCUCUCCCUGGAUCUGGGAGGGGAGUGGGGGCUGGUGGGUCAGAGCAGGGGGGCUGGGAGCCAGGACUCCUGGGUUCUCUCCUCAGCUCUGGGAGGGGAGUGGGGGCUGGUGGUUAGAGCAGGAGGGCUGGAAGCCAGGACUCCUGGGUUCUCUCCCGGCUCUGGGAGGGGAGUGGGGGCUGGGGCCCGGGGAGCUGGACCCCACCCAGGCUGCCGGGGUCCAGGCCCCCCUGGUUUGGCGAAGGGGGAAAAGGGGCUCCGAGGGGAGCCCAAGGCAGCAGGAUCAGUGGCAGCAACACAGGAAACGCUCGGUUCUGCACCUGGCCCCCAGCCAUCGCUCGACCAACAAUGAGGGGGACAUGACUGAGAUUUGGUGGAAGCCGUUCCUGCAGCAGGGCCGGGCGCUGGAAGUGAGUGGGCCGGACGUGACCGUGAAGCAGACGGGAUUGUACCUCGUCUACAGCCAGGUGCUGUUCCACGACCCCACGUUCACCAUGGGGCAGGUGCUGUGGCGGGCGUCGGCCGGGGGGCCGGGGCAGAUCCUGCUACGGUGUGUGCAGAGCAUGCCCCGCGAGCCAGAGCAGGCUUACAACAGCUGUUAUAGCGGAGGCGUUUUCCAGCUGCAGCGUGGGGACCAGCUGAGUCUCCGUGUGCCCCGGGCCAAUGCGUCCCUGGACCUCAGCCCACACGGGACCUUCCUGGGCCUGGUCCGCCUGUAGGGGGCCGGCCACCCCACCCCUCCCGCCCCCAGGAGUGUAAGGGACCCAGGCGUCCGAGGAGCUGCAGAGAGAAUUGUCUGGAAGGGACCCAGGCGUCCGGGGAGCUGCAGAGGGACCGGACCAGAAGGGACCCAGGCGUCCGGGGAGCUGCAGAAGGACUCGGACACUCAGGCAUCCAGGGAGCUGCAGAGGGAAUCGUCUGGAAGGGACCCAGGCAUCCGGGGAGCUGCAGAGGGACCGGGCCAGAAGGGACCCAGGCGUCCGGGGAGCUGCAGAAGGACUCGGACACUCAGGCAUCCAGGGAGCUGCAGAGGGGAUCGUCUGGAAGGGACCCAGGCGUCCGGGGAGCUGCAGAGGGACCGGGCCAGAAGGGACCCAGGCGUCCGGGGAGCUGCAGAAGGACUCGGACACUCAGGCAUCCAGGGAGCUGCAGAGGGAAUCGUCUGGAAGGGACCCAGGCGUCCGGGGAGCUGCAGAGGGACCGGGCCAGAAGGGACCCAGGUGUCCGGGAAGUCCGGAGCAAUCCCAGGGCUGUGAUUUUGGGGUACAUCCUGGAAGGGUCUCAUCCCUGGGGCGGGCGCAGGACUCCGCCCCGGCCACCAGGGGGCGCCCCUCCCUGGACAGCCUGAACCAAACCAACCCCCCC